AAAUCUUUUAAAAAACUUGCUAAAAUUUUAGCAGCACCCUAUGAACAAUUCUUUAAUAAUUCUUUAUUGGCGCAUCGUUCAACUAAUGGAAUACCUUCAUCAGCUUUAUCACAAAAUUUUCCACUGAACGUUACACCAUUGAGGUUUCUGAAAAAAUUGAUCUCGAUCGUUUUUUUUUUAGCAUCAGCAUUUACAAGCCAUUCACCUGCGUCAUCUGAUAAAACAUCGCCUGGCGCAGGGAUAAGCAAUGAUAAUGGAUCACUUCGUCUAACUGCAAAAUCACCGAAUCACAUAAAACGGCCGAUGAACGCAUUUAUGGUUUGGGCUCGAGAUGAACGAAGAAAAAUUCUCAAAUCUUGUCCAGAUAUGCAUAAUAGCAACAUUUCGAAAAUUCUCGGAUCACGUUGGAAAGCAAUGUCGAACACAGAAAAACAGCCAUAUUAUGAAGAACAAUCGAGGUUGAGCAAACUUCAUAUGGAACAACAUCCGGAUUAUCGUUAUAGACCAAGGCCAAAGCGAACAUGCCUAGUGGAUGGUAAAAAAGUGCGUAUAAAUGAAUAUAAAAAUUUGAUGAAAAAUAGAGGACGUGCAGGUGGUGGUGGUGACUGUGUUGGAUAUAAUAAUACAGUGGGCUUGGACAAAUCUAUACCAACAACAACCAAUAAUGAUAGAUCAAAUUUAUUUGUUCCGAAUUUAUUAACAGACUUAUCAUCACAUCAUCAUCCUUAUCAUAUUCUUCAAACUGCAGAAUAA